AUGGGGAUAGGAAGGAGGUUUCCAAGAGAUUUUACCCCAGCUUUGUGCCUUGCUCCCCGCCAUCCCACAGGCCUAGGGCUCACAGAGGAGGGGAGAGGUUAUAACGCCAAGAGCCCCUCCCGAGCCGGGCCGCGGGUGCCGGAGCCUGCCCGUGGGAGGGGCGCGGUCCCUCCGCCGCCGCCUCGGCCGGAGCGCGGCCCACGCAGGGCCGGGGGCUCGGGAAACUCCCGCAGCCAAGCGCCGCCGCCCGCCCGCUUCGAUGGGAAAACCCCAAACACUUCGCCGAAACACCGGGGCACCGGGCAGCCUCCUCUCCCCGCCGCGCUGUGCCACGCGUGUUACGCCGCUUUCGUUCCUCCGCCGCCGGCGCAACGCUCCCGCUCCCGCUCCCGCUCCGGGCAGAGCGCUGCUCCCCCGGGACCCCGCGGAGCCCGGGCAGGCAAAAACCCCGCGGCGAAGGAGACGCCUGCCCCCCGCCGCAGCCUGCCCUCGCUCUGCACCCCUGCCCGCGGCUCCGCGCCGCAACAUCUGGACAACAAAAGCUGCCGUCGGGCUGAAUGGGCCGGAUUAGGGUCUGCUCCCCCUGCACACACCCCGCUGGAGCCCAUUGAUGUGCAGAUGCCCAUGGGGCCGCGGGGGCUGGAGCCUAGGACAACACAUACCGCCGCCCUCGACCCUCCCCGCGGCCCCUGGGGCCGGGUGCAAGCUCCAGCCCGCUGGAGCAAUUGCAGAGGGAUGGCCCCAUCCACCCUCAGUGGGGAUACCCAGGCUCUAGAAGGGCUGGGGCACGGCCAGCCCGCGGGAGCGUGGCCACGCCAGCACACUGGAGAUACAGCUGAGCUCCCGUGGCAGAAGGCCCCGGGGCUGGGCAAAGGCAGCAGCCCCGGGCCGGGGCUGGAGCAGCAGGAGAAGCCCUUGCCGGGGGUGUCCAGUACCGCGGGCGUUUGGAGGGGGCCGGGUGCGGUGGGAGAAGGCCAGGAGCGGCAGCAGGCAGAGGGCUGGGAUGCGGAGCGCCUGCACAGCGCUCCGGUGCAAUGGAAAUCGCCCCCACCCCAGAGCCCCCGGUGA